CCUGCUGCCGUCUUCUUCCGCCGCCGCCGCCGUCGUCUUCGUCCGUAGGUAGCCUCCUCUCUCCUGUCCUCGCUUGAUCUUAUCUACUAGUAGUACUCCUGAUGAGACGCUAAGAAAUCUCGCUUAUAUUAUGUUAACCCUGAAACCGAAAGUGAGUCUUGUGCAACUGUAAAAACUGGGACGUCACUGAACGAACGAUAGCCUGGGUUCGUUCGGUCGUAGUGGAGGAUACAGCAACAUCCUCUUAAGUUGAAUUUACGAACGCAGUUAAUUUGUUUCCCUGUGCCGUUCGCUGCGUUACGCACAAGGAUCUUUACUCCUGGAUUUCAAUUUAUUUAUUUUCCCCCCGCAUUUAAGUAUUGCGGCUUGCCUUGCCUUGCCUUCUGGAUGUCGCGUUGCGCCGCUGGCUGAUGAUGGCCUAUGUCCUGGCAUGUGCAGCAGAUCAGAGAGCGGGGAGGAAGAAAAAGCGAUCGAUGGCGUCCAACUACGUGGACACGACGGGCGAGGAGGGACGGUUCCACGGCCCUCACAGCCACAGCACCAGCACGACCCCGACGGGCGGCGCGGCGGCGGCGGCGGCAUCGCCGCGCAACUUCCGGCGCAGCUUCUCCUCCGCGUCCUCCGCGGGCCACAGCCACGGCGGCGGCGGCGGCGGGGCCAAGUGCGUGUGCGCGCCCGCGACCCACGCCGGGUCGUUCAAGUGCCGGCUCCACCGCACCAACUCCCAGGGCCACGGCCACGGCCACCCGCACCCGUCCCCGCCGGCCUCCCCCGCCGCGCCGGCGCAGGGCGUCUCGUCUUCCGCUUCCUCCCGCACCGUCGAGGCCCUGUGAGUGUCCGAGGCCAAAGACGGGCGAGGCGUGGGGAAAGUGAGAAGAUGAUGGGAUAUACUUGUCGUGUCAGUCUGUCAGAAGGAAAGGAGUGAAGCUAUUAUUCCCUCUUGUUGUGAUCCGCGCUGUUUUGCCUCUUCCCCCCUACCCGUUUCCUCCCUUCGUGCUGGUUGUGGUUCUAAAUUCCUGAUUGCCGGCCGUCCCGCCUUCUUCCUUGCCAAGACGAGACUCUCCUCCUCCUGCCACUGCUACCGCUGCUCCUCUCAACUGGUGAACUGGAUCCUGAUUUGGGGAGAAGGUUAAACUGGAUGCCUUUCCAUGUAAUUAAUUGCCUCUCUUUACCAUUCUACGUGCUACUAGUAUUGAAGUAUCAUCACCCUUGUUGUGUCCUUCUGUCUGUGGUGUGAUGGUCAUGGACUCAUGGUCUGUGUUUCUUCGGUGAAGAGUUCGUACCCGUACAUAAAAGAUCUUCAAUCAGUGGCCGGUUUGGUACCUGUUUGGUUCAGCUUUUUU